UCUCCUAUGCCUUCCCUUCUUCAAUACCCGUCAAGCGUUCCCUCUCCAAAAUCUCAACUUUCACCUUCAGAACUAUUUUCUGAUCCUUUUUUGUUCUGAAAUCUCAUUCCUUUGGCAACCCCAGAUCCGUUUUGUUGUGUUCUGAAGAUGAAGAACACGAGGAAGAAGAAGAAGCAAAAGCCAAAGCCACCGAAGAAUGAUGAGGAGAAAAAAGGAGCAGAAGGGGUUGUUGAUAAAGAAGAAGAAGAAGAAGAGAGAAAACGCAGAAUUUUGGAGGCUUCGAUUGAGGGUUUCUCGUUGGAGGAAUCUGCCAUGGUUUAUGAUGGCGUUGAAGGGGUUGGUGAUCCCGACAAGGCUUCGGAGAUCCCGAGGAGGGGUUUGGUGGACAAUGAUUCUGGUUGUUCUUCGUCCAGUGGUGGAAGCAGUAUUGUUUAUUCGGGGAUGGAUUUGGGUUCAACUUCGGGUUCCUCAGAUUGGUGCGUGGAACCGAGUUGUGGGGAGGAUGUGGCGUGUUUCAAAGGGGGUAGGAUGAAGAAGAAGGUGGUUGCUGCCACGGGCACUGUUUCCACGGUUCUGGGAAAGGAGUACAUGAGGAGGAACAAAACCAGGAACAAGGGGUUCAGUGAAGGGGUUGUUGACAAGGAAGAGGCAGAGCAGUUUUUGUGUUCCAUGCUUGGGCAUGAUUGUGACCUUGACUUCGCCCUUGUUAGAGAUGUUCUUUGUCAGUGCGGAUAUAAUGUUGAAAAGGCCUUGGAUGUAUUGCUUGAUUUAGCUGCGCCCAUGAAUGAGCAAUCCAGUAAUGAUAGACAUCCUGAUUACGGAGUAGACAAUAUAGAUGAUAUGAGAUUCCUUGUUGACCACAAUGACAGUUUGAUAGAUAGGAGAUCAGAAUGCACAUCUCUUUCAUCGGAAGGUGAACUUUCUGAUAAUUUCUGGUCUCUGGGAUCUUUUGGCAGGAAUUAUGCAGAGGUCCUCUCAAGCUCUAAAGUUAAUUCUCCUAUUAGACCAGGAUGUACAAAGUCUGAUCUUUCUCAAAAGGUGUUGGAAUCUUUGUUUAACAUUCCCAAAAGCUCUGAACGUGACAAAGGUACCAUGAAUUGGAGAAAUGUAGUAAAGAAAAUGCAGUUUUUGGGACCUGGGUUUGAUGCUUGUCCACAUGUUGCAGAGUCUCAGCAGAAUACUAAUGCUAAAGGAGAUGAAUAUCACGUGUUUAGGGAAGAUGCUAAGCAAGAAUGGGAUUCGGUGAAAUCUUAUUAUCAAAAAGCUGCAACAGCAUAUACCAAAGGAGAUCGAGCAUAUGCUGCCUUUCUUUCUGACCAGGGUAAAGAACAAACUAAAUUAGCUCAGAAAGCGGACACUAAGGCAAGCCAUGACAUAUUUGUAGCUAGAAACAAGGGUAUAGAAAAUGUGAUAACUAUUGAUUUGCAUGGGCAGCACGUAAAACCAGCAAUGAGAAUGCUGAAACUUCACCUUCUGUUUGGAUCAUAUAUUCCCUCUGUCCAGACACUAAGGGUUAUCACAGGAUGUGGAUCGCAUGGUGUUGGAAAGUCGAAGCUGAAACAAUCAGUUAUAAGCCUUUUAAAGAAAGAGGCAAUUGAAUGGAGUGAAGAGAACAGGGGAACUGUAUUGAUCAAACUCAACGGAUGGAGAGAGUUUAGCUUUCUGGACACUGACAGUGAUAGUGAUAGCAAUUGAUUAAGCAUGUCGAAUAAGCUAACUGUAGCCUUAUUAUCAGCUUGUUGUACCAAAAUUAGAUUAGUAAACCUGGAAAUAAUAUAUAUAUAAAUUAGAGCUCUGACAUUGACAUGUAAAUUCGAUGCCUAUUUUGUUAGCCAAGUUCCUUGUUCCUUAACUGGUAAGGACAUUUGAACUUGGCACGUUUUGGGUGUAUCAUAUCAUGUAGAACCUAUAGCUCUAUUCUAAGUUUGAGCCAUAAUUGCAUUCCCAGAGCAGGCUAGUAGUGACUUGAGAUGCUCUCAGUAUUGUACAUAGAUGAAUAUGUAAA